AUGCUGGACACAGCGCUGAGCUGGAAGCACCGUGCCACGUACUACACUUGCCGGCAGAAGGUGCAGCAGGUUCAGGAGGCGCUGAUGAAGGGGAAGGAUGACCUCUCUUUGUGCCCCUACUGCGUGGAGUGCACCCAGUACACUCAGGCCCAGAAGAAGGUCAAGUUCAUCUGCGGCCACGGUUACCACCUGCACUGCAUCAACCGGUGGUUCCAGGACCACCCGAACUCUGUUGGCUCAUGCCCGGUCUGUGAGGGCGAAAAGAGCUCCAGGGGAGACGCGCCCAGGGACGAGGCUCAGACCUUCAUCCUGCACAGCCUGCACAGGCGCUUUCCGACCAUCAUUACGCAGGAGUGCAUCGAGAGCUGGGAAGGGUGCAAUGCUGAGCUGUGGCUUACCGUGCUGAAGUGUCCCAGGUACAGCUCGCUGUUCAGCAAGGUCUUCACGCGAGAGUGA